UAUCUUCAUAGUUAGCAUGCUUGCUCGUUAAAAAUAUUCCAUCGCGCUGUAACCUGUCGUUCCUUCUCUCUGCUCUCCUUCUAUCAAGCCAUCCUGACUACUAUUCACUGUGUGCGCUAAGCAGCGCGACUGCCAUUCGGGCGUCUUGCAACCAGAAUACAUAAGCGCCUAGUAGUUGUUGAUCUAGACCUGUUCAGACCUGCCAAGUUAUCAUGGCCCUGCAGUUGAACGUUGAUUCACCGGUACUCAGUGAAAAAUCAGGCUCAGGUCCGCUUUCAAACGAUAUACCUCUCAACUGUCGUUCUUCCCCGCAUCGAAACUCGCGUCCAUCCCACCAUCUUAUUCCAAUGCGUACUUCUUCGUCUCUUUCUUCUUCGUCGCUUUCGUCAUCACAAACCCUACCACAAUCGCAACGAUAUGUCCGUCCGCGCGGGCUGCGGAUAUGGAACCUUUUCAAACAAUGGCUGCCUAUCUUGGCGUACGGUGCAACUAGCCUUGGUUUUAUCUUAGCUAUCGCAUUCUGGAAGACUGAGGUUCUUGACGGUCUUGACCACCUCUCACACUGGCUGCGAAACGACCAGUAUUUCGGCUAUGCAGUAUUGUUUUGUCUGAUUUUCAUCACUACAUUCCCUCCUCUCCCACUAUAUUCCACACUGAUCACAUUAUCGGGAUAUACGUUUGGGCCGUGGAUCGGCGCUGCUAUCUCAUAUUGUGCUGCGCUCUCUGGUGCUGUUGUUGUGUUCUGGCUAUCACGGACGUUCUUGCGCGAGCCAAUUGGUCGUUGGCUUUCCUCGACGCGUGCUUUAUCCCGCGCAGUCCGAGCCGUCGAACGCAAACCACAGCUAUUGUUCCUCGUCAGACUUGCACCAUACCCGUAUAAUGUGCUCAACGCACUUCUUGCGGCCACCCCAUCACUCACCAUGCGGACCUAUGUGAUUUGCACGGCUUUGUCCCUUUUCAAAGUCAUCAUUCAUACCAGCGUCGGUGCAGGAAUCCGCUCGUUUAGCGCCAAGAAAGAACCCGAUGUUCAGGAGGAAGAGGAUGAUACCUGGGGCAGAGUCUGGACUAUCGGCGGGAUCCUUUUGUGCAUUGCACUUUUCAUAUACCUCAGUUUGGUAGCGCGCCGAGCAGUGGACGAUGAACUCGAUGAUGAUAUUCCUGGAAGUGCGUCGGAAGAAAGAGUGGCAUUCUUAGAUGCAGAGUCGCACGUAGAGGAUGACGAUGUUGGAUCUCGAGGACUACCCCUGACUUUACAGUCACAGAACAACAUGAGAGAGGCACAGCUCGUUUCUCCACACCACGUUGUGUCUGGUCUUGCUGCAGCCUAGUCGCUGCCUUUUCCCUUUUAAAUGGACUCUAGACUUGUAUAUUAUUACCCAAGGAUAUCAUAUAAGUUGAUUAAAACCAAAACUUGUAUGUUAUGUAUGUAUUUUUUUUUGAAACAGAUUGUACUUUUUACUACUUUGGAUACUUAGCCUAUCUCCGUCGUGCCAUAUGUCGUUUUUUUUGCAAGUCACGCUCGCAGCACCAAUGAAAAUCGCGUGCGGUAUCUUGUCUGACACCGCCAA